CCGCCUUCCCCGCCCUCCCCACCUCCUCUCCUCCCUCCCGGCCUCCCUCUCCCAGCCAAACUGAAAGCCGGACCCCAGGCCGCCUCCCCGCCGCCGCCGCCGCCGCCGCGCCCGGCCUCCCCGCGAGCGCUCCACUAUGGCUGGUCCUGUUUUCACCUUAUAAAGAUGGCGGUGCGGGAUCGCUGUAACCUUUAGACUAAUGACUGUCCGAAACAUCGCCUCCAUCUGUAAUAUGGGCACCAAUGCCUCUGCUCUGGAAAAAGACAUUGGUCCAGAGCAGUUUCCAAUCAAUGAACACUACUUCGGAUUGGUCAAUUUCGGAAACACAUGCUACUGUAACUCCGUGCUCCAGGCCUUGUACUUCUGCCGGCCGUUCCGGGAGAAUGUGCUGGCGUACAAAGCCCAGCAAAAGAAGAAGGAAAACCUGCUGACCUGCCUGGCAGACCUUUUCCACAGCAUCGCCACGCAGAAGAAGAAGGUUGGCGUGAUCCCACCAAAGAAGUUCAUUUCGAGGCUGAGAAAAGAAAAUGAUCUCUUUGAUAACUACAUGCAACAGGAUGCUCACGAAUUUUUAAAUUAUUUGCUAAACACUAUUGCGGACAUCCUGCAGGAAGAGAAGAAACAGGAGAAACAAAAUGGAAAGUUAAAAAAUGGCAACAUGAACGAACCUGCGGAAAAUAAUAAACCAGAACUCACCUGGGUCCAUGAGAUUUUUCAGGGAACGCUCACCAAUGAAACUCGAUGCUUGAACUGUGAAACUGUUAGUAGCAAAGAUGAAGAUUUUCUUGACCUUUCUGUCGAUGUGGAGCAGAAUACAUCUAUUACCCAUUGUCUAAGAGACUUCAGCAACACAGAAACACUGUGCAGUGAACAGAAAUAUUAUUGUGAAACAUGCUGCAGCAAACAGGAGGCCCAGAAAAGGAUGAGAGUAAAAAAGCUGCCCAUGAUCUUGGCCCUGCACCUCAAGCGAUUCAAGUACAUGGAGCAGCUGCACAGGUACACGAAGCUGUCUUACCGCGUGGUCUUCCCGCUGGAGCUCCGGCUCUUCAACACCUCCAGUGACGCGGUGAACCUGGACCGCAUGUACGACCUGGUCGCGGUGGUGGUUCACUGUGGCAGUGGUCCUAAUCGUGGGCAUUAUAUUACUAUUGUGAAAAGUCAUGGUUUCUGGCUUUUGUUUGAUGAUGACAUUGUAGAGAAAAUAGAUGCCCAAGCUAUUGAAGAAUUCUAUGGCCUGACAUCAGAUAUAUCAAAAAAUUCCGAAUCUGGAUAUAUUUUAUUCUAUCAGUCAAGAGAAUAACUCACAGAGCUGUGGGACUGAUUCAAGUGGGGGAAAUGUUCAAAGCACUCUCACCUGGUUUCCCAGACGUUCCUCUUCCUCAGCGGCCACCAGGUGUUACCCCGAGUCUCGGUGGUCUGGCCGUGUUACACUCUCUCUCCCUCGUUUUUCUACAUGCAGCACUACUCGUGGUUUUGUUUUAGUCUGAGGUGGAGUUAACUACAAUCAGACUGUAGUAAGGGUUAGGGGAAUAACUUUUGUUAAUUUUAGGGUUGGGUACAUGCUGUGUCACCUGCUAUGUGUCUGGCUGAAUUAGAAUGACAGUUCCUACGAACGUCGAGUCUAUUGGGGUCUUAGCUAAACUUCCUAAAUGGCUUCCAGGGUCUCCUUCAAUGCAUUCCUUUAACUUGUCCCUGGAAACACUGCUACCCAUCUUUAGCUUCUCUGCCUCUUUUCUGACAGAAGGACAGAAGAAUUGGGUAGACAUUCACCUCUUAGAGCUGGAACUAUAGCUUUAAGUUUGUGCAAGUGAAGAUGUUUAAAAGUGAGUAACCUCAAAAGUGAGACCGCCCCCCAGGUGGAGCAGGGCGAAGAGAAGCCGUGCAGGUGGCUCGCGUCUGCCCGGGCUGUGCUCACCUCGCCAGCACGAUUCCCGGUCCCGGGAGGUGCGGAGCUCAGGGCAGGCGAAGCCAAGACGAGGGAGCUUUGGUGCACAGUGGAGACUUCCUUUUCUUAUCUUUCUACCAAAAUCGAGUUUCAGGAAAAUAACUCUGCUCUUUGUUUUUAGUGACACUUUUCUUCUGUCCCGUGAGUUGUAUCUAUCUUUUAUCCAGCACUGCUAAGUUUUCCAAGGUAUCUUUCUGAUCCCGCUGGUGUUUCGCGGCCAGUAGUGGCAGGGCUGAGACCACGGUGACUGCCUCAGGUGCAGCUCUCCUUGGCCAGUCGGCACCGACACCAUCCUUUACUGAGAAGAACCAAGUUACUCACCUUGCCCACCAUCAGCCGCGUUGGACAGCUGUUGACAUUUGAACAUUUCAGUCUGUUUACUGAGGCGCUGGCGAGCCCCAGGGCUAAUGUGGAAACUUCUCUCCAGGAGACACUGGAGUUAGCUGGGUUUGAAGGUGGGGAAAAGGAAGUGUCAGUAGGCGAGUGGAGGGAUGGACAAAGUGGUGGCGUGUCUUUGGCUCAGACUCCUAGAAGGCUCGACACGACGGAGCAUUUUGGAAGAACCUCAUCUCACCAUAGUUACUUUUACCUUUUUCACUUUUGUUAUAUGUGUAUUUAUUAGAUCAUUUGCAUAUUGGUACCUUUUAUUAAAAAGGGUCGAUAUGGUGUUUUGCUGUUGAGCUGGUUUUUGGUUUCUUACAAAUGUUAUGAGUUGCAGAUCUUGUCUUCCUUUGGGAAGUCCAUUGGCUUCCAUACACUAUAAUAUACUGUGAACCUGUUACUUUGUUACCUAAUAAAUCAGCGAACAAACAUGCAAACUUUUGGCAUAAUGUGAACUAAAAUUGCAAUUGAAAAUAUUACUGGCCAUUUUGCAACAAGUAAGAGCAUAGCACUUUAUCUGUAUGAAAACUGGAUUUCUUAUCUUGGAAAUAUCUUGAACUGUUUAUCGCUCAGAACUUCGAUAAGCAUGCCAACACUUCAUCUGAUCAUGCUUGAAGUGAACAUCUUUUACUUUUCACUGGAGAAGACAAAAACAGGGUGAUCUUCACAUUAUUGUUUUCUACAAGUGAUGAAAAUAUACCUUGCCUUGUUUAGAGGCGAAUUCAUAUUUAUAAACAUUUUGUCUUUUUUUUUCCUCCAUGAAACAUGCAGUAAUCACUUACCUGGAAGGUGAGUUUUUAUUCUGUUUUUAAGGAGAGACACUUUCCAACUGAAGGUGAAUGAUACAGGGAGCUAUUUGUACUACACAUAAUCCCUAUGUCUGACUGCAGGUUGAAACUUUAAGAAAAUGAUUAUUGGUCUCUAAUAUAUUUGAAACUGAUACAUAAGAAGAACUAUUAAAAUUAUCUUUGAAAUGAUUCUUGAAGUUAAUUUAUUAGAAAAAGAAAAUUUCAGUUGGAAGCCUACAGAAGUCAUAUUUAAAUGCUAAGUCAUAGUUUCAGUGAUUUUUUUUUUCUGCAAUGUGUAAAAGGUUUUUCCCAGUGACUUAACUGAAGUAAUUCAUUUCAAUAUUAAGAAAGGAUCAGGAAAAAAAAGUCAAUUAAAAUUCAGUAUUCAUGGAUAAAUUUUUGGAAUUAAAAAAUACAUAUCGAAGAUAAUACAAAGACAUUAAAAUGGUCAUGUGAUGAAGGAAAAGAAGACUGAAAAAAAACCAAAACACACUUAUCCGCCAACACUCCAUCAGUUUUUUAAACUUUAGAGCUAUCCAGGAAUUUCUUCCCUUUUCCUCUUUAAUAAAUGACAGAAACACAAGGCAGCUACGUUCUGCACCCCCACCCCCAGUCAUUUCACUUUAUGUGAAGACGAUAGCACAUAAACACUUCUUUCUUUUCCAUCCCUCAUUCGCUGCGUGAAGCAGAGAGUGGAGUGGGAUAUGAGAGACCAUCCUGAGGUCAGGCAGCACAAAGGCUCAGCGGUAUUCCCACAGUGGCCAGCUUUUUGUGUCACUUUCUGGCAGGAGUGAAGCCUGCUGUAUUUCUUUUAACUACUGGGUGUUUUAAAAUAAGUUACAGUGUUUGACACUUAAAAAAGAGAAGGACUGUUUGCUUUAUUGGUUACUUCCUUGUUUAACGUCUAGACUAUGGUACAGUGUGCUAAAACGUCGUUUGUUUAACAGCCCACGUUGGUAGAAGGCUAUUUUUUGUCUUGUUAUUCCGAUGCAUUUUCCAUUCCUAGGCCACGUGAAGUGGGCUGGUUUGAAGGGAGCCAAGGAACCACACAAGAGGGUGGUAGGUUUGACGAGGAAACUAGUCUUGUUGGUUUUAUAGCCUGAUAUAUUUUGGAUUUCAGAUGAAAUGGGGAAAAAGAUGACAGAAAUGGUCCCUAUGCGUUUAUUUUCAUGGAUACCCUGAAUUUUCAUGGGCAUGCCUAAUAAUGAACUAGGUUCUAACUAGAGCUUAGGGCUUAUUUUAGAUAUUGGAGUGUAGCUUUAUUACAGAUGGAUUUUAUCUUUAAACACUGCAUUUUGAUCAACUUUGUAUAUUCAUGUGUAUUAAAAUAUUGUGUACUAAAUGUUUUGCCCUCGUUUGCUAUUAUAUGGUCAAGGCAUUUAUCAGCACUAGUGUGAUUAACUCAUGUAAAUGGCAUGGGUCAGGGAAAAUGAUUUCCUAUGUUUCUGCCUAAUUAAGUUUCUGUUUUCCAGUAUUACAUUAAUUUAUUUUUGGCUUCCAUUUCUGUAUAACCAAAAUAGUUACUGUAUUUGUGUGGCAUUCAUUUAUUUGACUUUGUUGCUAAAAAAAAUUUUUUUUUAGUUUUUAUUUAAAAUAAUCUGUACCUUAUUUUUUUUUAUGUAACCAAUUCAAGCACUUUAAGCAAUAAUGUCAAUCUUGUGAAACUUCAAUCAGUUUAACACCCUGCCUCUAAAAUUGUUUGCAAAAAAUAAAUAAAUAAAAUAGGAAUUCUCUUCCUAGAGAA